GUACCAGCCGAGCCGAGCUGCUGCACAGGUCCCCCGCACCGCUCAGCAGUUCAGCCCAACAGUUACAGUCAGCAGAGCUCACGGUUUCCACAGCGCCUCCCCCGCUCUUCACUUCACCGGCCCGGGUCUCCUACGAGUUUGAGGAGAACUGAGGACAGACAUGAGUUCAGACUGUGGAGAUGCACAGAUGAAGGAGCCUCCGUGCCCUCACCAAGAAGACGACAGCCGACAGAAAGGACCAGGCAUCCCACUGUCGAAGAAACUAUGCUACGCUGUCGGUGGAAUGCCCUAUCAAAUGACAUCAAAUGCCAAGGCCUUUUUUAUGCCCAUCUUCUUACUGGAUGUUGUGCAGAUGAAGCCCUUCUAUGUAUCCGUGAUCCUUUUCCUUGGGCGGGCUUGGGAUGCCAUUACUGACCCUCUGGUGGGCUACGCUGUUAGCAAGAGUGGCCGCACUCGCUUUGGCAAACUCAUUCCGUGGAUUGUGUACAGCAUGCCUAUGGGAGUGAUCUCCUACAUCAUGAUGUGGUACACCCCUCAGGACACCAUGUCUGCUGCCUCCAGCUUCUGUUGGUACUUCAUAUGGAUCUGUCUCUUUGACACUUUCAUGAGUUGCUACCAUGUGCCUUUCUCCUCCCUGAACAUGUUUUUAGGAGGAGACGAGAGAGACAGAGACUCAGCCACAGGCUACAGGAUGGGGAUGGAGAUGUUUGCGACGUUGCUGGGAGCUGCCAUUCAGGGUCAGAUUGUGGGGGUCUAUCAUGCUAAGAGAGCUCACGACUGCAGCCAACUUAAUGGUAGUGAAGCACUCUCUGGAAAUCACUCAGCCGCAUUAGUCAACUUCACAUCCACUCUCUCUGACACUCUGCAGAACACGAGGAGAGCGUAUUUGAUUUCUGCAUUGGUGAUAGGAGCUCUCUACUUCUUGUGCUGCCUUGUGCUGUUCCUUGGAGUGAAGGAGCAAUUGGCUCCACUGAGUAAGCUGGACCGCAUACAAGUGCCGUACCUGACCGGCCUGAAGAUGGUUGUGAGACAUACUCCGUAUCUGUGGCUUGUGUUUGGUUUCCUCUUCUCUUCGGUUGCUUUUCAGUUAGCUCAGGGAAACUUUGCUCUCUUCUGUACGCAUGCAGCUGGAAUGGGGGCAUACUUCCAGCACCUUGUCCUCAUAUUGCUGGUUGCAGCCACGUUGUCUGUCCCUCUGUGGCAGAUGUUGUUGGUCAGACUGGGCAAGAAGACCACUAUCUUCAUCGGCCUAUCAGUUUAUAUUCCUGCUCUCAUCAUUAUAUCCAUUGUGAAGAGCAAUUUUCCUGUUUUUGUCCUGGCUGCCAUUUUAGCCGGCACCAGUCUAUCAUCCCUCUAUUUACUGCCCUGGUCAAUGCUGCCAGAUGUGGUGGACGACUUUAAGGUGAAGAAUCCGUCGUGCACGGAUCUGGAGCCCAUGUUCUACUCCUGCUACGUCUUCUUCAACAAGUUUGGAGGAGGCGUGUCAAACGGAGUCUCCACUCUAGCACUACACUUUGCCGGGUACAAGUCUGGGGCGUGUAAACACCACUCCAGGGUGAUCACCACACUGCAGGUGCUCUUCGCCCCAGUACCCAUCGUCCUGCUGCUGACAGGCCUGGUGCUCUUCUUCUUCUACCCCAUCAAUGAGAAACGGCGUCAGCAGAUCCAGUCUGAACUGCAGAAAGCAGCAGCGGAGACUAAAACAGAGACCAAGCAAGAAGCUUAUCUGUGAUGAUUUUACCCUGGAUCUGAAUGUGCCUGAUGGGACCUGUAUGACUGUGCUGUUCAUGUAGCUCACUAAACAGAAAAGAAUGUGUUUUUUUUUUUUUUUUUUUUCUUUUUUUUUUUCUUUUUCUUUUCACUUUGACUUCCCAAGAAAAUGGUGGACAUAAACGUAUAUCUGUACAAUGCUGUAGUAAGUAGGUAUUCACAAAUAAAUGUUCUUAUACUUGUUCCUAA